GGGAUUUCCCACCGUCGUGGGAUUUUAGUCCCCAAUAAUUCUACCUGGGUUCGCAUCCUCUUCUCGACGACCAUGGAUGAACGGGGGUGGACAGCUUCGCAUGCACUCAGCAGGAUCCCACGGUGCUCGUGCCAGUCAAAUUCCCGCAAAACUCGCUUGCUCGGUUCUCGGAUCGACGCCUCCCAUCCCUCUCCUUCUCCGUUCGUUCUGUCCACAGCAACUGGCGAUCCUCUCGAGUUCUCGGUAGGCUGCCAAGAUGUUGUCCUCUACUCACCGUGGUCGCUCCUUUUGGGCCGCUUUGGCCGUCACGCUCUUUUCUGGUUUCGCUUCUGUUUCUGCUUCGGGCAAACAAUGUCAGCCGGUGGCUACGUACGACUACAUUGUCGUUGGUAGCGGUCCCGGCGGUGGUAUCGUGGCCAGCAACCUCGCCUUGGCCGGUCACAGUGUUCUGCUGCUCGAGGCCGGUGCGGAUGCCAGCGACGAUGUUGCCACUUCUGUCAAUGCCCUUUCCUACCCCCAAAACCCCAACUAUCAGUGGUCCUUCUUCGUGAAGCACCACGGCGACGCCGAGGUCGAAGCCCGCUACCGUCUGCUCACCUGGACUCUGCCCGAUGGCACCUAUUGGGUUGGUCCCAAGGCCGAUGCCCCCGCUGGCGCACAGCUGAAUGGUGUCUGGUACCCGCGUGGCGCCACCCUUGGCGGGAGUGCCAUGGUCAACGCCAUGGCCUCUGUUCUUCCCAACGAUGCCGACUGGAACAAGAUUGCCAAGUUGGCCGGUGAUGACUCUUGGUCGGCUGAGGAGAUGAGAAAAGUGUUCGUUAAAAUCGAGCAGAACUUGUACCUCAGACCUAAUGAGUCCACCGCCGGCCAUGGCUUUGACGGUUUCGUGCAGAUGGGUCAAGGCGACUCCAACUACUACCUGCAGGAACCGGGUCGCCUUGCCCUGCUGUCUCACCUCGCGGAGGAUCUCGUCGGCCACCCCGUGGACCAAGCGGCUGCGCUCGACUACAUUGAGCGUGAUGCCAACUUCCUCGGCGCCUCCAGGGACAAGGCCGCGGAGCCUUUUGGCCUCCCGAACCACUACAACAACAAGGGCCGUCGCUGGACUCCCCGUGAUCUCGUCAAGAGCACCAUGGCCCAGACGACCAAGCUGACGUUGGAGACCGAGUCCCUGGCCACCAAGAUCCUGUUCCACGAGGGCAAGUCCGGGUGCAAGCCCAAGGCCAAGGGCGUCAGCUACCUUCAGGGAGCCGGCGUGUAUGGUGCCUCGUGGGAGUACAACAAGGACACCGCUCCCAAGGGAAAGCGGAUGCGUGCUUAUGCUCGUAAGGAGGUCAUCAUCAGCGGUGGUGUCUUCAACUCGCCCCAGCUCCUCCAGCUCAGCGGCAUCGGCAACGCGAAGCUCUUGCGCUCCCUCGACAUCCCCGUCCGCGUCGAUCUCCCCGGCGUCGGCGAGAACCUCCGCGACAACCAAGAACUCCCCGUCGCCGGCCUCAGCCCCCUCAACAUCACCGCCGCGCCGCGCGAUCCGGCAUGGGCCACCUGCACCUUUGGCGCUCCGGGCGACCCGUGCCUUGCGCAGUUCCAGAACGGCACCGGUCCCUAUGCCGCGCCCUCUGGUAACAGCGAGUGCUCCUUUUUGAAGACCGACCACAGCCCCGACGGUAACCGCGACGUCAUCACCUUUGCUCCCCCUGGCGUCUUCCGCGGCUUUUCUCCCCCGGCCAGCAACAUGCUCCCCAUGGACAGCCCCGACACCCUGUGGCGCAGCCUGGCGCGCAUGAACGUCCAGAACCACGCUGGCUACGUCCGGAUCCGCUCGACCGACCCCACCGUCACCCCCGACAUCAACAUCGCGCAGUACGAGUCCCCCGUCGGCGGCGACGUCGACAUGGGCGCCAUGAUCGACGCCGUCGCCUGGGUGCGGCGCAACUUCCUCUCGAUGCCGGCCCCCUACGGCCCCGUCACGCCGACGGAGCCGCCCUGCAACGCCGGCCUGACCGCCGACGGCUACUGCAAGGACCCCGAGGAGGACCGCAAGUUCGUCUACGAGCAGACCUUUGGCCACCACCCCGUCGGCACCUGCCAGAUCGGCAAAAAGGGCGACAAGAUGGCCGUCGUCGACAGCAAGUUCCGCGUCCACGGCGUCAAGGGCCUGCGCGUCGUCGACGCCAGCGUCUUCCCUGCGGCUCCCGGCGGCUUCCCCGUCCUCCCGACCUUUAUGGUUGGCCAGAAGGGCAGCGACGCCAUUCUUGCUGAUGCAUAAAUGGGGAGUGCGGUUGGGGUUGGAGCCGCGGGGCCCUCUACGGUGGUCUAGGGCGGGUUGUGUUCUUUGUGAAUAGUCUGGAUACGUAAUAUAAUAGUCUCGAAUGGUACAUAGUUUUGAGGCUGUGUCAAGCUCUGCUUUGGCCUGCCAACUUAUACAUAAAAGCAUCCAUUCGAAGUGU